AUGCUUUCUUCUCGGGCUCUAAAGAAUGUCACUGAGCUAGGACGUCCAUGGCGAUUCGCCCCAACGCCGACUUACGAUGCGGAUACGAAUCCUACUGGAUUAAUCUCCUUUGGCUUGGCGGAGAACAGCCCAAUGAGAGGAGACAUCGUAAAGUAUAUCAAUGAAAGAGUUGUUUUCACCACGGACUCAAUCAGUUACCGCUCCAGCGCAACUAUAAAUGCGAAACUACCUACCGUCGCCGCUGCCCAUCUAAACAGAGUCCUAGGAACUCACACACCUAUCAACCCCGAUCAUAUCUUUGUUGCAGAUUGCCCUACUUCUUUGGGUAGCAUGCUUGGUUACAAUCUGGCCGAGCGCGGGGACGCUAUUCUUGUCAAUAGACCAGUAUAUGGUCGAUUCGAACUGGACUACGGAGUUGAAGCAGGUGUUGAGGUUGUCUAUGCUAAUACAACAAUCGACGAGGCCUUCGCUCCAACGGUGGUUGAGAAAUAUGAGCAAGCGUUGCAGGAGGCUAAUGAGCGAGGGGUGAAUAUCCGCGCGGUGCUUCUUGUUAAUCCACACAACCCUGUUGGACGAUGCUAUCCGACUGAUACGUUCAAGGCAAUCGCACUAUUUUGUGAUAAACACAGCAUCCAUCUCAUCAGCGACGAAGUCUACGCUUCGUGUGUAUUUGACUCUGGUGAUCCUGAUGCCGUACCAUUCACUUCGAUUCUUGCAUUAGACCUCAAAAACAUAAUUGACCCCAAUCUUGUCCAUGUUUUAUAUGGAUUCAGCAAGGAUUUUGCAUCUGGCGGUUUACAUCUUGGGUUCCUGAUCACACAAAACGAGCAACUUCGUCAAGCAUGUAAAAUGGUCUUGCGACUCCACAGUCCUUCCCAGGCUGCUAUUACCAUUGGGACUACCAUCCUCGAAGACCAAAACUUUGUCUCAAGCUUUACAGCUAAAUCACGGGAAAGUCUAGCAGCAGGCUAUCGACUGGCUACCUCCACCCUAGAGAAAGAAGGCAUCGAUUAUGCGAAGGGAGGAAAUGCGGGCUUUUUUGUAUACAUUAAUCUCUCUCCUUUCCUCUCAAAUGAUGGUUCCCCCACUCAGGAACAAGAAUGUGCUUUGGCGCAAAGGUUCGUCGAUGCCGGUGUUUUCCUUCAUCCUGGAGAGGAACAUGGGAAGACUCCUGGAUGGUUUCGUUUGGUAUUCUCGCAUGAUGAGGGCACUUUAAGAGAAGGCCUUAGAAGUUCGCGGAAUGGAAUGUUGAGUGCUCUGCAGACACGGACCAAUCAGUGA